AUGACUCAAGAAAAAGUUUCAUACGAGCUUUUCCGCUUCACCAAAUCAGAGAAUAAGAACUAUGUUGUAUACGAGGUUGUCAUGAAGAAGGAUGAUCCUACUAAAAUGGAUACUGUUCACGGCUACUGGGUUUUGGGACAAACAGAUGGCAGCAUUGAAGAACUUAAUUGGUUCGAAAAGAAGUUUGGCUAUGGAAUACAGAUUGAUAAGGUUGAAGAAGACAAGAUUACUUUCCAUUGCGUUGCUAUCAAAUAUUUUGUAUUAAUUUGCGAAAAGGCUGGCGACAAAUAUCAAUGCCGUACUGAAAUCGAUGGUGUCCAGGCUUAUAUUUCAUCAAUUUAUAUUGAUGUUACAACCGUUAUUUUAAUUAAACCUGUCAUUCACUCAAUUACAGUUACUGGGCAUGCCGUUGAUGACGGAAGAGAAGUUAAGCAAGUUAUUGUUCCAAACAAGAAAUAA